CAGAGAGGAGCCAAUCUACCAGAGAAACAGCCCAUAUCCCAAACAGGAGCUGCACAGACUGUGUAACAGGCACAGCUGGGAAUUACCAGGGAUACAAACACAACCACAGGGAGAGCCAGUGCCACAGGGAACAUGAGUGGGAAGCUUGGUGGCACCACAUUGCAGUAGCAUUCCAAGAGACAUGUAGCACCCACAGAGAUCACAAGGGAGCAUCUCCAGUCCAUAGCCAGGCACAGGAGAGCAAGGGCAGGUUGGACUGACAUAGAUAGAAGCCCCCCGGGCCAGGAGAUGAAGGAAGAGCCUCACUGUCUGACACAGCUGUCCAAUGAAAUGUCAGAGGAUGGCCUGGGACAACCAUACAGAAACAUGGCCCUGGAUUCUUGCCAUUGCCAUCUGGCUGUGCAGCCGGUAAAUAGUUCUGUGCAACGAUAUAUUGGGUCUAAAGUUACCAAAUGACCCUAUACUGACUCCCAACACUGUCUGUCUGACAUUACCUGGCUUGAGCAAACGCCAGAUGGGUCUGUGUGUGCGUAACCCAGAUGUCACAGCCUCAGCUCUGCAGGGAAUCCAGAUCGCUAUCCAUGAAUGCCAACACCAGCUGAAAGGGCAACGGUGGAAUUGCUCCACAUUGGAGACCACGGGUAAAAUGCCCCAUGACAGUGCCAUCCUGAAGAGAGGAUUUCGGGAGAGUGCCUUUGCCUUCUCUCUACUGGCAGCUGGUGUUAUGCAUUCAGUUGCUACAGCAUGUAGCCUAGGCAAGCUUCAGGGCUGUGGGUGUGAGUGGAAAAGACGGGGUACUGAAGAGAAGAUACGACUGAAGCUGAAUCAGCUGCAACUCCAAGCUCUAUCUAAAGUCAAGGGUCUCCCCAGGGACCUGACUCCACUUCUUCGAGAGACACCAGAACCCAGCCCACAGGAUACCUGGGAAUGGGGAGGCUGCAAGCAUGAGCUGGAGUUUGGAGAGAAAUUCUCCAGAGACUUUUUAGACUCCAGGGAGUCUCCAAGGGAUAUUCAUGCAAGAAUGAGAAUUCAUAACAACCGUGUGGGACGUCAGGCCGUGACAGAGAACAUGAAACGUAGAUGCAAGUGCCAUGGAACAUCUGGUAGUUGCCAAUUCAAGACUUGCUGGCACGUGACUCCUGAUUUCCGAGCUGUUAGUACCCUAAUGCGGGACAAGUUGCAGCGGGCUGUAUUUGUUAACUCGAGAAACAAGAAUAGUGGGGCCUUUCACCCACGACUGAACAAGAAACGCUUGCAAAGGGAGCUGGUGUAUUUUGAGAAAUCUCCGGAUUUCUGUGAAAAGGAUCCCAGAGUGGAUUCCCUAGGCACUCAAGGGCGAGUGUGUAACAAAACAAGCCAGCAGAUGGACAACUGUGCCAGCCUUUGCUGCGGCCGAGGACACAAUAUACUGAUGCAGACCCGGCGAGAACGUUGCAACUGCCGCUUCCACUGGUGCUGUUAUGUGAUGUGUGAAGAAUGCCUUGUUACACAGUUGGUCAAUGUUUGCAAGUGAAUCAGUCACAGACAUCAGUUCUUGGACAUUUAAUGUCUCAGUAUAGGAAUUAAUUUAUUUUCUUCUAUUGCUUCUGGAUUAUGCAGCUCUUUGCAGCGUUUUUAUGAAUUGUGACUCACCAAGAGAGCUGGAGGCACUGGAGGUUCUGAUCAUAGACAUAUGCGACAGGCACUGGGAAUCAAACAUUUUGCAUCUGAAAGACAGAAGCGUCUUCCUUUCCACCGAAAGAAUUUGUCAGCCCUUCUACUGAAAGUGGAGCACAUUCCAGAAUCCUACAAAUCAGAAUCACACAGAGGAACAAAGAACAUAUGUAUUUCCUUAUUGGUCCAUUAUUUACUAGAACUAUUGCUUGGAUGUUGGGAUAGUCACUAAAUCCAGUCACUUAUCCUGAAUCUUGGCUUAAUCACAGCAUCAUGUUGUCUACUUACAUAGUCUUUUCUAUAUCAAGACAGUGUUGCAGUAUUUCUGAUCAGUAUUUGUAAACUGCUAUAAAAGACAAUAUUCAAAGAAUAUAUAUUAUAGAUCCAUAUCAUAGUGCACAUAUAGCUGAGCUCAUAGAAGAUGCUGGGUUACUCCAACCAUUCUAUUGUCCAUCCUGACAACUUAUUUGCAGACAAAACUUUCAUCUGCAGGGAUGAAGGGGUUUAACUAAUUGGAGCAUAGCUACUGCUUUUAAAUUAAAAAAAACAUCUUGAGUUCCAUGUUUUUGCUUAAGCUCAGUUUACCUGGGAAAAUUUGUGGCAAUGUUCAUAUUCCUGAUAUUCAUGAUAUUUUUUCCACAAGCAACAGAAGGGCAACAACAGCAAAUUAUACAUAUUUAAAUACAAACCCAAAUACCAAUCAAAUCUAAGAUUCAGCACCUGCACAAUCUGGAUAUUCCAACUUUAUCAAAAUACUUAACUUUGAUGAAGUUUAACGCAUCUAAAAAUAACUCUGACCAUCUUGAAAUUAGCUAUGUUUGCUGUUGAAAAACAACCCUUGCCCGUUCAAAAACAGCAAAUGCACAUAACAACACAUAAGUGAAAAUCAGAAGUAUGAACCAGCAUUUUGGAUCCCAUAAGUUUUAAAAAAAGACCUAAAAAGUUGCUUCAUACUGCGUGUAAGAGACACAUAGCAUGAUGGGUAUUGUCUGUAUAUAUGUAUAUAUUGUCUAUAUAAACUUUAUAUAUUAAAGUGCAAUGGGGACAUUUGUUACUGCACAACUUUUUUGCAUAUUAAACUGUGUCAUAUAUUC